GGCAGCUGCGGGUGGCAGCCGGGCCGCCGUGAGCCCCGGCGCCGCGGGCAGCCCCUCGUGCGGCCUUCCUGUCUCGCCCCGUCCCAGUCGAGGGGCCGCGUAUCGUGCUCGAGCCGCCGGCGUUUCCUUCGGCGUUCCCGGCUCUGGUGCUCGCGUCCUGCUUCUCGCUACAGACCCGCCGGCCUGUGGGAUUGCGGUUGGUACGGAUAAAAUGAUGCACCCUGUUGCCAGCAGUAAUGCAGCAUUCUGUGGGACGGGCAAGAGCUCUUGCCUUAACGAAGACAGCGUGAGAGCUGCUGACCAGUUUGACUUGUAUGCCACGCAGCAAAGUAAAUACAGCCACGCAGUGAGCCACAAACCCAUCGCGUGCCAGCGACAAGACGCGCUCAAUGAGUCCCACCUGCAGACCACGAGCAGCAGGAAUAUAGAAACAAAAGAUGAACUAAAGAAAAAGAAAAACCUCAACCGAUCCGGUAAACGUGGGAGGCCAUCAGGGACCACAAAAUCAGCAGGGUACCGAACCAGCACGGGUCGACCCCUGGGGACCACCAAAGCAGCUGGAUUUAAGACAAGUCCAGGCAGACCCUUGGGCACAACUAAAGCAGCAGGAUACAAAGUCAGCCCAGGCAGACCUCCAGGUAGCAUUAAAGCUCAAUCCCGGUUUGCAAAUCUAAGUUAUACUUGUGGCAGUGCAGCUUUUCCUUAUCCUAUGGUGCAUAACAGAGGAGUACAUGCUGCUGGUGAAACUAGCAGCAAACUCAAGCAGCCUAACGAAUGAAAGGAAGGAAUUAGUAACUGCUUACUAAUCUGCUUUACUCUGGAUUUUGGCAUGUUUCUUGCAUUUUAUUGUAGCAUUUGCAUACGUUUGAGUUUCUAGAUUUUAUUUUUACUCAAAUAAUGCCAUAGUCUACGGGUGCAGUUCAGUAACUUUUAAAGCAGUGUCAAGAGGGCACUGGUAUAAAGUCUUUUUUGUUGUUGUUUUUAAGUCACAAUUUAAAAGAAAGUCUGAACUGAGGCAUAGGCCGUGGUGUCUACAACUAUCCUAUAUCACCUAUAUCCAUGUUCCUAGUUUUACGUUCAGUUUUGGGUAAAUCUAGUUUUGUGGUUAUGCAUUAAGUAAUUGAAAGAAGGAGGACAGAAUUAGCUGGCUGCUGGCUCACGAUGGGGCCUAUCUCACCAUAGGGAACUGGUGCAGAUGAGUUCAUACUUGAUAAAGAAAAAGAAACUAUUUGGGACUGUUUAACUUAGAUAAACAGCAGCAGUCUGAAUUCCUGUGCUUUUUUAAAAGGAAUAGAAAGCAAGCUACGUUCUUCACUUCUGCAGGAGCUUCUACAGACCUCAGGCAGAUCCAUAGAAACUUAACAACCAGACCAAAAAAAAAACCAAAAGAAAACAAAAAAAAAAAAACCCCAACCUUCUUUUUUCCAGUGUUUUCUGGAGUUGUAGCAUUAAGUCAAUUUCGAUUAAUGUUCCAAAAAUGUUUUUGAAAAGACAGCAGGAAGCUGAGCGUUGGUGCAGCGCUCUGCAGCGUCACGGCGCCUUAUUCAGCCGAGCUCCUUUGCCUUCAGGUGACAGCUGCUCUUCUUGUUACGCCGGCACAGGAUUCUGCUAUGUAAUUUAGAAAUGCCUAAAUAUAUUUACCAAACCACAGAUAAUUCUUUACGUUUUGAAAUAUUUUAUAAGAAAUUAAGUACUGUUCGUUCUAGUAACGUACUUGGUUAAUCCUAAACAGUACGUCCUUAAUCUGUAAAUAGCUAUUUACACUGGUUUUUGCCUUUAAAAAUCUGUGCUUAGGUGGCGACAGUUUAAUAGCUUUUCAAGUAUUAAUCUAUAAUGUUUACAAAUUAAACUUUUUAAAGAGGCACCGCUGCCAAGUUUUUGGGCUUCGUUUUGCCAGAUAUUCCUGGAAAUACAGUUACUGCAUUGUUGGACACUUAGGCUAUAUUUAAGUUAUGGAACGUUCUAUAUCUACCAAAGGACACCAUUUUCAUGAUUUAUAAAAGCAAACUGUAUAGCUGAUGCAAACAGGAUGCAGUUUACUGCACUGCUAGACCCCAGAGAUGAAGUAAUUCAUAGGAAUUCAUCUAUGCAUGCAAGCUGAAAAAAAAUGUUGUUGGUUGACUAUAAAUACCUUUCUUGACUCAAACUUAAGCCUUCCCUCUUUGCAAAAGAAAUGUUCCAUUUUUCAGCUGGGUGUGUUUAAUUUAAGUGUGGGAGAGCGCAUGUAUGUGUGUAAUGUGCACAUACUUUAAUCUAGUCUUCAAAAAAAGAAAAAAAAAAUCAAUCCUCAAUGUUGCAUAUUGUUUGUUCUAAAUUUACUUUUACUGGAAUCCGAGCUUUUUUUUUUCCACCUGGAAGAAAGUUUCUAUUUAAGCAGUUUGAAGCAAAAUGUGACUUGAUGAUAAAUUUGUAGGCUCGUGCAUCCGGGGAGGGGGUGGAUAUAUAAAGCUUGGCGAUCUGGGGAGUGAAAGAAAUCGGGUUAAUUAGUGCUUAUGCUGGACUGAUAACUUUUGUUAACAUAAAUGCUAUUCUGGCCUGCUGACAUUUUGAUGAGAGCUCUUGAUUUCAGUGAUGACAACUUAAGAAACAGAUGUCAUGUUUCAUACCUUUUUUAUCAGGAAAAAAGCAGCAAGCCUUCAGGUGUUCCAGUGAUGCCUAACACAUAAUGAGCUGGACUUUAUGCUGUACUUUACAUAGGUGUGUUGAAUUGUUUU